AUGCGACGAGUUCCCGUAGCUCUGGAGGAAGCGGUCAACAGUAAGUUGAAGGAACUAAUGGCAAGGGAUAUCAUAGAGGAAAAGAAGGGCCCGGUAACUUGGGUAUCGCCUUUGGUGGUGGUCGGAAAGGCAAACGGAGAACCUCGGAUCUGCCUCGACCUGAGGAGGGUUAAUGAAGCUGUGUUAAGAGAAAGACACCCGAUGCCGGUAAUCGAUGACUUUUUGGCCAGAAUCGGACCAAAUAUGGUCCGCAGUAAGCUAGAUGUCAAAGACUCCUUCUUGCAACUUGAGCUGGAUGAAGAGUCAAGAGACGCGAUGGUGUUCCUCACAGCACGAGGACUAUACCGAUUCAAACGUAUGCCAUUUGGGUUGGUAUCGGCGCCAGAAGUUUUUCAGAAAACAAUGGACACGAUACUAGCAGGAUGCGAGGGUACAUGGUGGUACAUCGACGAUGUGUACAUCGAAGGAAAGGACAAACAAGAACAUGAUGAACGAGUGGCCAAGGUAGAGUAG